UACAAGUCAGUAUAAAUAAGUAUCGUCGGUCACUCUGGUUUUGUCGCUCUCUUUGGAGUAGCCGGAGCUCCAGGAACUGCAUGGCUUGUUUCGGCGCAUGAGCAAUACUAGUGAUGCCAUAACGGGAAUGCGCUAUGCUGGAUACGAUAGCCGAAGAAGAAAGACUAAACCCACGGGUUUGUUCGGCUCCAUCAUAGACGGUUUUUAGUUGAAGAUUGCUUGUCCAAUAUUCGGUCACAACUGUGUGGGUUAUGUGAUGAUAUGGCACGAGAUGUAACAACCAAGAAACCGGAGUUCAUCACCAUGAAAAUCACAAUAGUCUCGUGCGGUCUCCUCAUUUCUUCGUUUUUCAUUCAAGUCCUGUCUCUGCCCGAAAGGAUCAUUCUAGGUGGCUUGUUUGAUAUUGGAGAUGACGAGGAAGAGUUUGCUUUCCGAUUGGCUGUAGACCGAAUUAAUGCUGAUAUUACCAUGCUUCCUAGGUCCACUUUAGUCGCCCACAUGGAGAGACUUGACCGCUAUGACAACUUUCGAGCUACCAAGAAAG